UUUUUUUUUUUUUAAAUUCACUAUUGUGGAAAGUUGUCCUGUGGUUAUUGGCAUUUUAAUUCAUGAAAAUUUUUUAGAUGCUUGUUAUUUUUUAAUUGAAAGCAAUAAAAAAAAAUAAACGAGAAUAUAACUGAUUGCUAAUGUUAAUUUUUUUCUACUCUCCACUUUGGAGGAUUUGAACAAAAUUUCGUAUUUAAUUUUAUAGAACAAUAAUUUUAUUCCUUUUAUUUAAAGUUUGAGUCGGAUUUUGGGAGAAGUGUCUAGCAAUUUUUGGUGAAACAUUUUGCGUUUUAAAUCUUUUAACAAUGGCAGAUGCAACUGGGAUUAAAUCUUAUUUACGUGAAAGUGAAGUUUUUAAGUUUUUAUCGCUGGUGGAUCUUGAAUAAAAUAAACUUAUGUCAUCGGUUGAUUUAAACGUAUAAAAUUUAAAAUUACAUAAGAUGGAUAAAGUAGGUGACAUUUUUAUUUGCAACGCGGAUACUAUUGAAGAAGUAAAACGACAUGCUCAUAUGUUAACAUUAUUUCUUUCAAGCGCUUCAUUUUUAACAGAAGCAUACAUUUUGGAUUAUUUUGUUGAAAAGUUGUGGACUCAUUUGCCUUCUGGAUGGCUUGAGACAGUUAUGGAAUUCGAUAUUGAUGACCUUGAAUUGUUUAUAAAUUCAGAGGAAAAUGUUAGAUGUAGACGUCCAUGGCCACUUACAUUACUAUCAUUUCGUGCCAGUGCUUUUGCAUUAACAUUAUCUCGUAAAUCUAUUUAUUCGCCUGAAGUUAUAAGAAAGUUUCUGGAAGAAAAUUUUAAAUCUCAGAGUGAGAAUUGCCAAAUUGAUUCUGCCUCUGAGGAAUGUUGCUGGAGCUUUUCUUCUAGUGAAUUUGAAAGCAAAUCGGGGCAGCAUAAGAAGAUUCCCGAGUUUUGUAGGAGACAUGUGAAACCAAAAAAGCAGCAUGAAAUUUUUAGAAUGGCACAAGUUACAGAUUCCGUGAUGAAGUAUUUUGACUUAAAGCAUGCAAUUGAUAUAGGCUCUGGCCAGGGUCAUUUAUCCAGACUCUUAGCUUUAUGUUAUAAUUUGAAAUUAGCUACUCUGGAAGCUAAUCAGCUUCAUGUAUCAGGUGCUGUUCAAUUUGACAAACAGGCAAUAAAUAGUUUGAGACGGGUAAAGAAGUAUAAAAGUGAUGUAUCAACAAAUGUUAAGACUUUACCACAUCAUGUAGAAAGUUCUGUGACUCUUUCAUCAUCUGAAUCAUGUUUAGAAAAGGUGUUGAAACAUGCGUGGGAUCAUUCUUUAGAGGAUUACGAGAAAUUUGCUUUAAUGGGCCUUCAUACAUGUGGUAAUCUUGCUGAAACUGUUCUCAAGACCUUCGCAAAAUGUGACCAAUCACAAGUACUUCUUUCAAUUGGAUGCUGCUACAUGAAACUGGAAUCAACUAAAGAUAGUGAAGGCUAUCCUCUUAGUCUCUUUGUUAAAUCCUUGCCAUCUCAUAGUUUGAGUUAUGAAGCAAAGGAAAUGGCUUGUCAUGCUUUGGAAAUGUACAUUCAAAGGCUUCAUGAUAAAGUCCCACAUCUAAAGAUCCAUUGUUACAGAGCAACUUUGGAACAAUGUAUUGUUCAUCAUCAUCCUGAGUUAAAGCAUUUGGGAUUAAGAGGUGUUAAGAAUGCCGAAAGUUUACCAUUCCAAGAGUAUGCACAAAGAGCUCUUAGCAAAGCUUCAGUUACAGUUCCUAAUGAAUUUUAUUCUCUACCUGAGAUUCAGGCUUGUUUAGAGCGAUGGAAAGAAGUAUUAAUAUUUUAUUCGUUAAGAUUGAUAACUGCGCCGGUAGUUGAAAGUCUGAUUUUGUUAGAUCGAUUAAUCUAUUUAUACGAACAAGGUUAUCCUGGUUGCAUUGUUCCAAUAUUUGAUCCCACUUUAUCUCCAAGAAAUCAAAUUCUUAUAUCAGCAAAAUGUAAGAUUUCUAAGAAAAAUUAAAUAAUAAAAAACUGA